UGGACAGAAUAGUGGUGAAAGACUGAGAAUACUGGUUAACUCUUGCAUUAGGGAGGUGGACAGAAUAGUAGUGAAAGACUGAGAAUACUGGUUAACUCUUGCAUUAGGGAGGUAGACGGAAUAGUGGUGAAAGACUGAGAAUACUGGUUAACUCUUGCAGUAGGGAGGUGGACAGAAUAGUGGUGAAAGACUGAGAAUACUGGUUAACUUUUGCACUAGGGAGAUGGACAGAAUAGUGGUAAAAGUGGGAAUACUGGUUAACUCUUGCAUUAGGAAGGUUGACAGAAUAGUGGUGAAAGACUGAGAAUACUGGUUAACCCUUGCAUUAGGGAGGUGGACAGAAUAGUGGUGAAAGAAUGCUAGUGAACUCUUGCAUUAGGGAGGUGGACUGAAUAGUGGUGAAAGACUGAGAAUACUGGUUAACUCUUGCAUUAGGGAGGUGGACAAAAUAGUGGUGAAAGACUGAGAAUACUGGUUAAUUCUUGCACUAGGGAGGUGGACAGAAUAGUGGUGAAAGACUGAGAAUACUGGUUAACUCUUGCAGUAGGGAGGUGGACAGAAUAGUAGUGAAAGACUGAGAAUACUGGUUAACUCUUGCACUAGGGAGGUGGACAGAAUAGUGGUGAAAGACUGAGAAUACUGGUUAACUCUUGCAUUAGGGAGGUGGACAGAAUAGUGGUGAAAGACUGAGAAUACUGGUUAACUCUUGCAUUAGGGAGGUGGACAGAAUAGUGGUGAAAGACUGAGAAUACUGGUUAACUCUUGCAUUAGGGAGGUGGACAGAAUAGUGUAGUGGUGAGUAAGUAAAGUCAUAUCAAAUUGUAGUGACAACCUUUGACCAACCAGACAGGUCUACUACUACUACUACUACUACUACUACUACUACUACUACUACUACUACUACUACUUCUACUACUACUGGAUCAGUGUAUGGACAGGGAUGACAGGUGGAAACAGACUGGCAGGUUUCAUACAGGUCUGAUGGCUUCCUGCACCAACCCUUGUGUUCUUAUGUACUACUACUACUACUACUACUACUACUACUACUAUUGGUGCUACUGCUUGGAAGGCCCUGUGCCCCUGGAGUGGUGCCACCCUGCGUCCAUUGCAAGACUCUUGUCCUCCAGUGUGCGAUAAUGCCUCAUUCAUGACUUUCAGGGGUGGACCUCACUCGCCUCUUUUUUCUUUUUAUUUAUUUCAUUUAUUUAUUUAUUUAUUUUUAUUAUCUUCGCUACCCUUAUCCAGUGUCCUGUGUGUUACAUAGCAAUAUAACAAAAAGCGCAGUACAUUGUCUGGGGUGAGCUGUUUUUUGGCAUCUUGGCUCUUUGCGUGGGCAGCAGAAGUCAACAUUUCAAGUUUCCCGCCUUCUACCCACGGUGCGCUGGUUCUCUUUCACUUACUCAGAAUUUAUAAAUAAUUCGUAGAUGAUCACCGUUAUUUGUAUACUGAAAACAAGGGACAAAGAACAAAAGAAAAUUAAGAACCAAUAAAAAGUAAAAAGUUUAGAGUGCCGUUAGAAAAGUAGAAAAACAAGGCAAGAUUUUCGCGGGCACCGGGCAGAGAGAGAGAGAGAGAGAGGAUUACUCUACACAAACAAUUCUGUGCUCUCACUCCUAAGACAAGCAGGCACGCCCACACACUCCCUGCACGCCCACCUGCAACAGACGAGCAGUAAGGAGAGGCUGAGAGAGAGAGAGAAAGUGAGGAAGAACCGCGCACGCCUACAGGCAGCAGACGAGCCGCAAGGUGCCAGUGACAGGAGUCCCUCCGUGCAUCCCUCCUGCAGCCCCAGGCUUCCUGCAGGACCGGACGCAGCCAGGAGCAGCGUUGCAAUGGAGGGUGCAAGGCCAGGAAACAGCAGCAGCAGCAGCAGCAGCAGCAGCAGCAGCAGUGGCAGCAGGAACAGCCUGGAGCAGCGGGCGACCCUGGGUGUGAGGACCUACACUUGUGACCACUGCGGCAAAGUGUGCUCCACCAAGGCUGCCAUUGCCAGACACGUCCUCUCCCAUGCCAGCAAGACAAGGCUGAGAGGCAGGAGUGGCCCCGCUGAACACACUGCCACCCACACUGGUGGCAGGAACCACAGGUGUGACCUCUGCGGGAAGACAUUUGUCCGGAAGAGUCAUCUUGACAGACACAUCCUCACCCACACUGGGGAGAGAAAGUUCCAGUGCCUGGAGUGUGGCAAAAGAUUUAUUGAGAAAAGUUCCCUUAAGAAACACAUCCUCACCCACACUGGGGAGAGAAAGUUCCAGUGCCUGGAGUGUGGCAAAAGAUUUAUUGAGAAAAGUUCCCUUAAGAAACACAUCCUCACCCACACUGGGGAGAGAAAGUUCCAGUGCCUGGAGUGUGGCAAAAGAUUUAUUGAGAAAAGUUCCCUUAAGAAACACAUCCUCACCCACACUGGGGAGAGAAAGUUCCAGUGCCUGGAGUGUGGCAAAAGAUUUAUCCACAAAAGUUAUCUGAACACACACAUCCUCACCCACACUGGGGAGAGAAAGUUCCAGUGCCUGGAGUGUGGCAAAAGAUUUAUCCACAAAAGUUAUCUUAACACACACAUCCUCACCCACACUGGGGAGAGAAAGUUCCAGUGCCUGGAGUGUGGAAAAAGAUUUAUCACCAAAAGUAAUCUUAACAGACACAUCCUCACCCACACUGGGGAGAAAAAGUUCCAGUGCCUGGAGUGUGGGAAAAGAUUUACCCACAAAAGUAAUCUUAACACACACAUCCUCACCCACACUGGGGAGAAAAAGUUCCAGUGCCUGGAGUGUGGCAAAAGAUUUAUCCAGAAAGGUGAUCUUAACACACACAUCCUCACCCACACUGGGGAGAAAAAGUUCCAGUGCCUGGAGUGUGGGAAAAGAUUUACCCACAAAAGUAAUCUUAACAAACACAUCCUCACCCACACUGGGGAGAGAAAGUUCCAGUGCCUGGAGUGUGGCAAAAGAUUUACCCACAAAAGUAAUCUUAACAAACACAUCCUCACCCACACUGGGGAGAGAAAGUUCCAGUGCCUGGAGUGUGGGAAAAGAUUUACCCAGAAAAGUGAUCUUGACAGACACAUCCUCACCCACACUGGGGAGAGAAAGUUCCAGUGCCUGGAGUGUGGGAAAAGAUUUACCCACAAAAGUCAUCUUAACACACACAUCCUCACCCACACUGGGGAGAGAAAGUUCCAGUGCCUGGAGUGUGGGAAAAGAUUUACCCAGAAAAGUCAUCUUAACACACACAUCCUCACCCACACUGGGGAGAGAAAGUUCCAGUGCCUGGAGUGUAGGAAAAGAUUUACCCACAAGGGUUCCCUUGACAGACACAUCCUCACCCACACUGGGGAGAGAAAGUUCCAGUGCCUGGAGUGUGGGAAAGGGUUUACCCACAAGGGUUCCCUUGACAGACACAUCCUCACCCACACUGGAAAGAAGAAGAGAAAACAGGCAAAAUCAUAGAUGUUGCAGUCCCCGGUGACUCCGGCCUCAGUAGAGCUGAAAGGCACACAACUACAAAACAUCACCACCUAAAAAGUGACCAAGAACAACAUGGUCACCGACGGACACCGGUGUGACACCAGUGGUGGUGUGGGCGACGGGGCUAAUGAAGAAAACCUGGAGAGCUGCCUGGAGGCAGUCCCCGGUCGCCCAAGUGCCCACGAGGUACGCACAGCUGCGGUCGAGGGAACGGUCGCCGCGCUGAACAGAGCCCUGGGAUGCAGUGCCUGGGCUGCCGAGGGCGUGACCGCAGACCCCGGGCUCGGGGCCCAUUGCACUCGCCAGACGGCAGAACAGGAAGGUGCAGAAGACGGGGAGAGAAAGUUCCCGUGCCUGCAGCGUGGGAAGAGAUUUGCCCGCAGAGGUAAUCUUAACACGCACAUCCUCACCCACACUGGGGCUUGUACAAACUCGGCGCACCCUGAGUGUAGGAAGAGGGAAGGAAGCAGAAACAGCAGGAUCUGCUCUGAACCACCCUGGAGAGAGAAACUGCAGCAGAGGAUCACCCAUCAAAAAGAAGAAAUCUGGCAGAUAACAAGCUUCCUGCAAGACCAAAACCACACAAGGAACCUCCUCAAGAAAAAAGACAGAAUGACAGCAAGGCGCAGCGCAGGCAGCGGCCGGCUGGCCGGGCGGGAGACCGGCAGGGAGGGGCCGAGCCCCGGCCGAAGCCUUGGCACCACAGAUGAGGACAAAGACAAGAAAAUAAAGGCCAGAAAGAUGAAGAGGCAGCUUGCAGAAAAGCCAGGGGUGGUGUGCAGGCACGUGGCAAAGACCUCAACAGAAUUACAAGACCCGCCCGAGGAAGAAGUGGCCGAGGGAUGCUGCAGGCCACUGCUGCUGGAAGACCCCACGCAGCACCAGGCAGCCCCGGGGAUACAGACCACCACGGUUAAACACACAAGUAAACAACAACAAUGCCAGCCGUUCAGCUUACACAGGAAGGUCUGCUGGCCACAAGACUACUGCCACAAACCAGCUGGCAAUACCACCAGUGACUUGUGGGUGUGGUGUGGUGUGGUGUGGUGACUGGCCACAAGACUACUGCCACAAACCAGCUGGCAAUACCACCAGUGACUUGUGGGUGUGGUGUGGUGUGGUGUGGUGACUGGCCACAAGACUACUGCCACAAACCAGCUGGCAAUACCACCAGUGACUUGUGGGUGUGGUGUGGUGUGGUGACUGGCUCAAAGGUUUAUCCUGAAAUGUAAUCUUGACACACCUGCUCACCCACACUGGGGAAAGGAAGUGCAGCAGGUGUGGUGUUUGUGGCUGUGCUCAUCACUUUUUUCUUUAUUUUUUAGCUAAUUGAUCAAUAAAGUGUUGUCAGCCUUGUACACACAGCUUUGGUUCACUUGCACAAGGUUUUGGGGGCUCGGGGGUGUUCCUAAGGGGGGCACUAACUGUCCAGGGGUGUUCCUGCUUGUUUCUGUCUCUCUGUGUCUCUGGUUUUGGUGUCUCCCUCCCAAACAUUAUUUUCACAACAAGCCACAAACCAACAUCCCUUCAUUAACACUUAGAUACCUUAACUUAACUCACCCACAAAACUCCCACAAACUGACUAACUUGUUUUUUGUUUAUUGUUUGUUUAUUUUAUUUGUUUUAUUGGUGUAUUUUUUAUUUGAAAGUAGCCAUAUUCUUAAGGUUUUUAUGGUUCUGUUUAUUAUUGUUUGGGCUGUCCUGUGUUUGUGAUUGCUGGACUCAUAUAGAAAUGGGUAGUUUUAUUGAAGGGGUGAAACAAUGACAAUACUGCCUGGCUCUUGCACUAGUGAGGUGGACAGAAUAGGGAUGAGAAUAAAGAGAAAUUGUCAUAGGAAAUACAAACUGGCAGACUUUAGAGUGUAACAGUGAAGGGGUUGAAAAAGUGGAGGUACUGUUUAGCUCUUGCACUAGUGGGGUGGACAGAAUAGGAGAGGAUUCUUAAAAGUUUGGCAUUGUUAGCUUGAAAGAUUAUACUUGAAAGAUUAUUUAUUACAUGUUGAAAGGACAGAAUAAGGAUGAAAA